AUGGGUGCCAAAGAUUAUUUGAACUUGCUCGCAAGUCAGUUCGCAGAGGAAAUAGACUGUAAGACUGAGGUCACUUUCUUCCACAUGGAUCCCGGCUUUUUUUAUUUAACAGUUGCAAACUUGAUUGUUUUAAGAAGCGCGUAAAUAGAUUUCUCAUUUACCGUACUGCUUUAUUGUUUUUGUAUUUUCUAUUAAACUGACUUUCUAUUAUAUUUGCAUAAUUAUGUACCACUUUCUGCACGUGCUAACAUACUGCUGAUUCAACUACAUCAUCAUGUUUUGUUUUUCGUUUUAAGUAAGUUGUGCCCACAAGAGCGGGCGAAUAUCUCUCCCACUCUCUUAAAUAAAACUUGCUCUUGGUUCUUGAAGACACUCUGACGCCGCUCUCUCUUCUCCUACUUCAAACCUUAAAUGAACCUUUUCAUACACACGAUCCGGCCAUGGGUGGUCUUCCUUGUUUCUAACGUCAGUUUAUAACAACAACAUCACUUAAAAUAGACGUAUCUUGAUUAUGGUCAUCUCGCUAGAUGAAAAUAGAAAAAGAAAACAAAGUCUUCAUAAAAUUUGGCAAUUACUUGUUUUCUUGCGUGGCCUGAUCCUAGCUGAUCCUAAUAAAUAGAUAACAAUUACUAUUAUUAUUAAUUAUCAUUACUUUUAUUAGGAUGCGGCGGCUUACCACAGUUUUAAAAACUAUUGGUUACUUCUAUAACAUUUUAACUGAGUACGUGCGAGUGUAGACGUAUCAGUAAAAUUGGAAGGAACACAAACAGGCAAACUGAUUAAAAUAAUAUGGUACAUACGAUUGCAUGUUUCCUCAGUAAUAUUCGGGCAAAGUAUUAUUAAUAUGAAGCAGUACAGACAGAGUAAGCCAAUUAAGAAGAGGAACUAGAGAAGAAGAAGAAGAAGAAGAAGAAGAAGAAGAAGAAGAAGAAGAAGAAGAAGAAGAAGAAGAAGAAGAAGAAGAAGAAGAAGAAGAAGCAACAGUAGAAGAAGCAACAGAUUUUUGGAUAACUGUGUUUAGUUAGAAAGACAUUUUCUUCGUUAGAGCAAAAUGUCGUAUUUUCUAACUCAAUGUAAUUUACGUAAUAUAAAGGGUAUGUCUACACGUGUAUCGGAGGCUCUGCAUGAUACAUUUUAAUCUAAAGAAAACUUUCCCCUGGUUCCAACUCUAAGACGCUCAUGAUGCAUCUUUGACUCACUUCUCUAUUCUCUGAAGUGCAAAUUCCGUCCCGUCCUUAAAUAAGCCCUUCCCCCUCUCCCUCCCGAAUAAAAGAGCCCCUCCGAAUACUAGCCACGGGGUUUCUCUCAGAAUUUUACGGUGUGCAACUGAGUUAUUCGUCUUCGCCGGUUGACGAGGUCUGAUCAUAAUGAAUCACUGGCGAUUUUUAUUUUGACAUACAGUUGUAAAAAGUGCUAGCUAAGUGAGGCCAGGUACAACUGUAAAAUGUUAUAGGUGCUUUUCUGACCAAAAGUUAACCGCCCAGUUUAUUGGUUUUUGUGGAUGUUAUUUGUUAGACCAAUUAACGGAGAAAAGGGAAAAAACGCAAAGCCGAAAAAAUGUACAGCAUUUGAAGGGAAAUUAAGAUCAAUAAAACGGCACGCAAAUAUAAUUUGAGAAUUGAAUCUUCAAAAUGUUUUGGUAGGGCAAAGUAAACAUUUUGACAGAUCAUCGACACUUCGGAUCAAUGACAAAGGUAAGAUACGAAAUAAGACACAGAGAUAGCUGAAGAAGACGAAGAGGAAGAAGUUUAAUAACUACAAUUUCGUUUAGUAACUAUAACUCAUAGCUGGGUUAUCUCAUUGCUAAUUUUGAUUGCGUAAUCGAUCAGGAGAGAGAACUUUCACCUCUCGUGACUUGUGAAAAGUUCAAAUCUACUUAAUCACAUGACACAGAACACAUAAAUGUAUAGUUAAAAGGGCGAUUAUAAGUAUUUUCCCGGACAUGCCUCUUUCUUAUAAACCAAUUACCAAAAAGGAAAAGAUUUUUUAUCCCAACUUCAUUUUGAUUUUCUGUAAGUUAUUUCAUUACAUUAGGGGUACUGGGCCUGACUUUUUCUUGAACGUAAAUCUGAAAAAGUGGAUCGAUUGUAAUUAUAUUUGUGCAAAAGAAUUAAAGUUUCUAUGGAUCUACAAAGUAAAGAAAUACAGUGUUGAAUGUAAACACGUGAAAAUGGUUAAAUCUAAACAGGGCUAAAAUGGCAAAAGCAAUAUAUAACAAAAUGCAAUAACCGUUCAAAAUAUAAACAAUUCACCAAAAUCAUGUCUAAAAGUGCAAUACCGUCAUAUAGUUCGGUCGUUUUUCAAUUUUUGUUUGCGUGAUUGUUGAAAGCUUCUCUUGUGUUUCGUUGAGAUCACUUCCGUUUCUUUCAAAUGUUUCUUCUUCGCGGCCUUCCGUAAUGCAAUUCCGCUAUUGUGAAAUCUUUGGUGACCUACAGGUAGUCAAAUCCCAAGGUUGACUGGGUUUUUAAGAGGUCCAAAGUAUAUUUCACGCAUUGCAGUGUGACGAUAUUCAAGACAAAAAAGAUGAUUUAGGUUGGUCCCAAUAAUUUAUUAGUACAAAAGAAAUGAAAUUACGCCUUGGGUUCUGAGAUAAGUACAAUUAGUCAGCCUUUUUAUCUUGACGGUUUGAAAAGACAAAUUGCCUUGACUAAACUAACAGGUUCCACCUCAAUUCACUCAACCUUGUCAAAUGUCACUCGAUUAUAAAAUGCGCAUUUUGUUCCAAUUUUUCCAAUUUUAGUCAUACUGGUGCAUUUUCUAAAAAAUGUUGUCGAUAAGUGUUUCUUAUUCAAACACUGGAAUAGAUGCAAGGGCUUUAGUAUGUCCUUUGAUUAUCAAAUAGUUUUUUUUGUUUCUUUUUGUAUUUUUCACACAAGUUUUUGCCUCACAGACAAAUUCUUUUUCAAGCCAAUUUUCUGCAUUUUUACACAUUUGCACGCUCAUUUUAUGCCGUGCACUAGAAUGGAAUAUCAUAAGACCAACUGCCCAGUGUUACCGAGUAUACUGUGAGGUCCGAUCUCAUGAAGAAAAGGAUGGAUUGUCUUUUGUAUCAAAAGUUGAAAGAAUUUAUUCCGGAUAAAUAUGCUCUGAAAUUAUCCACAUUUGUUUUUGUAUAAUCUACAGUAGGUUCUGUAAUAACUGUAUAUGGAAAAUAUUAGUAUCGGCAAAUAUUUAUGAAUUUUGCCACUGUUUACAAGAAUUUCUUAUGCCAGCGAACUCUCGUCUGUCUUACAAAAUAUGUUUUUUUAAUAAGUCUGUUCAAAAUCCUUUUCUCAAUCACAUCUGCAUGCAUUUAUUCAGCCAACAAAGAGAACGUUAACUUCUGCUUUUACUUUUGAAAGCUAUAGUCAUCCCUUGUUAUCAACUGACAACCCAAAGUGAUUCAAAUGUACCAAACGUCUCAGAGAGAAUUCAUCUGAUGUCCUUACACUUUGAUUUACCCAAUUACACAUCUAGUAGUCGGUACUGUAUGAGGUAAACAUAAAUUGAUAAUUUGCAAAAAUAUUGUUCAGAAACAUUUGUUGGACCGUCAAAAGAUUAUCUAACUAAAGUGAUUUUUUACUUCAUAAAAUUUAAAGCAACUAAUUCUGUUACUCGAAACUAAGUCAGGGGAAUAUAUUCGUAUAAAAUUUGCAACACUUUUGUUAUCUUACAACUGCUGCUACUGUUUUAAUCGAUAUCGACUUCUGUCACUUGUAGAUUCUUCUAAAUUUUGUUAUUCUUGUUCGUAGAUUUAAGGUUUGUAUGUAUACUGAUUGUAAAGCUACAGUAGUACUAGGCUUUACUGUCAUUAAAGUUCAUAUAUAUUUAUCUGCUGAAUUAAGAGAAAUUUUGCGUUUUUGUUUCUCUGGGAAGCUGUCCCUUGACAGCCUUUCUAAGGUACAAACGUGCUAAACAACUUGUUUGCAAUUGCGAGAGAACGAUGGGAGGUUUUCUGAGUUAUAUUCAUUUCUCAGUUAAGUUGCCUAUAUCUUUUCAUACAGUAUUCAUCUCAACCUACGCUUUAGCAGUAAGAAUGCCAUUUCAUGCCCUUGAACUACAUAUACUCAGCGAGUAAGAAACAGCCAAUUUCUCUAGUAUUUAUCUGUUUUCUUGUGAGAAUUUUAUUGGAAAUUCUUACUGAAUGAGGCAGAUCCCUUAAAAAUCGGUUGUUGAAAGGACAUUUGACAAGAAAACUGGAAACUUAUUAAAAUUAUUACAAUUCAAUUAAAUUGUAAAACAAGCAUGCAACAUAAAGUUAACAAUGUAAUGGCUUUCGAAGGGAGUCUAUUAUAUUGCUUCAAUCUACUUCCAGCAUUUCUGCUUUUCUGUAGACUACUCGUCACUUUUGAUAUGAAAAGCUUGUCACUGAGUUUAUUCCUGAAAUAUUAUUAACUCAAAAGUGAUGACAGCAGUAAAGUAAAUUUAAGUUUAUCUCAACUCGUUAGAUGAGCUCUCAACAAAGUCUUCGACCAUACUGGUCUUGCGUUCAUGAAACACUUGAAUGAGGCUGGUCUCGAGUAAAUUUGCGGACGUAUUCCGGUAUUAUUUCCUAAAAUCCUAAAAAAAGGAAGUGUCAGUUGUUUAUGUUUCAUCCUUCGCACGAUCGUUUUGUAGCAGACAACAAAAAACUACCGGAUUAUUUUACUGCUGGUAUCAGACAAUGCGUCAUGAUAUCUGUGAAAAUAUCACUUUGUUCUAAUAAUUGGCCUGUAGACAUUUUUCCCAACAAAUUGAUUCCAAUUCAUAACAACCGGCAGGAAGGCUUAUGAGGAUCAGAUCUCCCAAAUCCGAUCAACAAACAAACAUAUGUUAUGGCAAAAUGAUCUAUUUUGUUGUUGUUGUGGAUGGUAACCGAGCUGAUCGCCAUUUUGAAAGAUACAAAUUCCUCCUUUCGGUAAUUGUUUUACGCGAGAGAUUUCUUAGUUCGCAACAAACAGUUCUCUUAUUGAUUUUGAAGUUAAUCUUUUUAUUUCUACCGAGAAUAAAAAAAAUCCGCAGAGGGGAAGCUGAUAAGAACAAUCAAGAAACUGAAGACAGUGGUGACUUUAAAGUGCAUGGCCGAACAAAAACUUUGCCAGAGACUCCGCUUUUUUUCAAAAAGUCUUCUUCGUUUUAGUGACCUUCAUUUUAACCUUUCUGUCAUAAUUAAAGUGUAACUUGCACUCAUUUAUAGUCGAAGGUUUGCGGAGUAAUUUGUGGUGUGAUCGCGUGAGGGAUAAGACUACAUUUAUUGUUGUGUGGCCAUAUCUGAAAAAGAAGUCACCGAAGAAUGUUGCUUGAAAGUUAAACAUUUGUGUCGAAGUAGGGUGGGUUGUCUGGUGGUGGGCUGUCUCCGUUUGGCGCUUUCCUUUAACACGAAGUAAACCUUAAGUACUUAAUGUACUUAAUGUAUCUUUCAGUUUCAUCGCAGUGGAUGGUCGGUUAGUUCGAAGAAUGUUCAUAAACGUAAAGCAAAGUUUAAGCAACAUUUUUUAGGUAACGUCAUGAAUUUUGUCAGGAGAGAAAAAAAGGACAGGUUUUAUUAAAAAAGAAACAUCCUGAUUUUGGAGGAUAGAAGUAUUGCUUAUUCUUCUUAUUAUAAACUAUGAUUCAUUUACUAAAACAAGAUCUAAUGUGGUCAUCAAUACAACCAGAAAAGCGUAAAAUUAAUUAUAAUUAGAGCUUGCGAAACAAUCCGCCCUCAGCGGAAGCAAUUAACGAAUAUUACAUUGUCACGCGAUCCGAACGUAAUGGGCGUGACGUCAUUAGUGGACUUCGUAACAACUAAUUAAUGUUUCGGGUGUCACGGGAUAGGGAUAAUAAUCUUACAUCAAUUCUUAUUGAGUUGAAUUUCUGUGUAUAAAGUCUCUUGAAAUAAAAGCCUGAUUAUUGAAAGCUACUGAUAAGAAAGGCAGUUAUAUUGAAGUCCUUGGACUGUUUGAAUGCAUAUGAAGACUGUAAAUUGUGCUUUGAAAUGAGAAUAUCAACUUAACAGGUAAAGUUGCAGUUAGACUUGAUGAUUUUUUUAAACUCUUGUGUUCCAGAUCAAAAACAAUAGAAUAACAUCCAUAAUAAGAACAAUAUAAAUGAUCGUGGAAGACAAAUUAGUACGCUGAGUCAAAACCUGAAAAAAUAAUACUAUUAGAGUAAACAGAAUGGUGCAAAAGCACUGUUGUAUCUGUCCCUGCUUUCUUUGACUGAUACGAUUUUCUGGGAACCUCUGUCACAGAAUACAGUAUUCCUUGGUUUUUUCACCUAAGGAUUUAAUCUAACAUUUUGACCUUGCUUUAGUAUUGAAAAUGACCGUGCCACGCCACGCGGCCUUUUGGCACCCCAAAUUUGUUUAUCAAGGUCAUUUUUCACAGAGUCCACGAACUAGACAUUUAAUUUUUCAUUGCCCAUUACGUUGCUGUGUACUAAUUUUUAAUCGACACGUGCCGAACUACUAGUAGAACAGUUAACAAACUUAGUGAAGCAGUGCUGUAAGUAAUGACGUCUGAAAUUAUCGUUUUCUUGGUUGAUUAUUGUUAUGCAUGCAGUUGUUAAUGAGUAAGAACGUUUUUUUAGUAGUUAUCUUUAACAAAAAUAUACUAUUACUGACUCAAGUCCACAAAUGGUUACUGACAAUACUGCCGGAGUAAGUGAAUUGAAGUAGUAAGUAUACUGUUAAUCGAUAGUCACUCUAAUUUGGUUUUGAUUCCGCCGUAGUCAUUUUAUAAACUGGAAUUAGCCCCUUGUAAGGAAAAAGAAAGGCUAGUUCUUAAAAGAGCUUCUUCGCAGUCUACAUCGGUUAAGUACUAUUAAAAACGAAAUAUUUCAAGUUUGUCUUUUGCAGUUAAUGUUAAUCUAGAUUAUUUAUUCCAUCAGAAACAUACUGAAGUAAACUCGUAUACCGGUUUCAGUUUCUUCUUGGCACCAGCCGCACUCUGAUUUAUAAAUAUAUAUACCUGCUUUCAGCUUUCCACCGAACCUACAUUGCAUCGCCGGCUAUGUUUAAUACUAUUAUUGUAUCUUUUACUCGAUGUAUCUUGUUAUUUAUCCUGAAUUGUAAGUUCAAUAAAGUUGAAGUUAAAUUUACGUCUUUAUUUAUCUGCAUUACACCAAAUUUAUAUCAAAUUUUCGUUCAAUGCAAGAAAACUAAUGACUCAAAAUAAUGACUCAAAAUUUCGUCACAGACUUUCAUCAAAAAUUGAACGAUAUAUUCACACUUUAGAAUUGGUUAAAGACUUAACACUGCGCUUAAAAACCGGUGAAUUUGCUGAAAAUCAUUGUAUAUAACUCAACAAGCAAAACUGUGAUGUCCUUUCUAGGCUAAAUUCUCCGCUGGUUGAGAGGAAUUUUAAACGAGUGACUUAGGGUGGGUUUCCACUGUCGUGUAAUUUUUACGUCGGACGCGCGUAAAUGGAAUAGGGGCAAUAAUGUAUGAUAGGUGGCGCGCAAACGUGAAAGUUAAACCUCGCUCAACUUUAACGUUUACGAGCGACACUUCAUUCAUUACUUCCAUUUUAUUUACGCUCGUGCGCACGUAAAAAAUUACGCGGCAGUGGAAAUCCACCCUUAGACCAGCAGAAAAUUAAAGGGUGAAAAGUAGUUGUUAACUCAACACAUUUCGGAAGGUUUGAUAUGCUUUUUUCCCAUUUUGCGCAAAAUCUACUCUAGGUAUAUAUAUACGAAUAAAAUAUUUUGUGCACCAAAAUGGUGACUGGAUAAAGCCGUUACUAUAUUCAGACUACUAUUUAAGCUUAGUUUUUAGCCUCCUCAUGACAAAGCUAAUGUCAUUUAAAGUAAAGGUGUUAAAAAAGACUUGAUUUUUUAUUUUUUUUUUUUUUCUUUUCGGAUUUUUGACCGUACCUUAAUAUUUAGAGAAUUCAAAGUAUCAAACUGCAUUGUCACGCAAACAGUAUCACAGACGUCAGAAUUGUGGGUGAGGCCCAUUGACGUCACGGGCUAAUUGUUUACCGGCACUUUCAAAUUCAGCAGGUUGCUAGUUUAAAAUAUGAAUUGUUUCGCUUCAAAUAACCAAGUUUAUGUUUACUUAAAACACCAAUGGUUUGGUAUUUACCAAAGCACGUCUUUUUGACUGCAUUCGUGCAUUGGGGUAAGCAGCCAUUAGAUGCUAUCCCUGCCAUCUUGAAUACUAUAGACAAGUACUGAACUUUUUGAAGGCUUGUUUUUGUAAAAAAUAAAUAAAUAAAUUUUAUAAGAUUCAUCAAUAUUGUUACUGUUUCUCCCAAGGUAUCAGAUAUUUUUGUCUUGAAUCAGCGCAGGCCAUGUGAAAACCCCUUUGUAAGUUAACACAGUCCUCAACCGGCUUUUGUCGUUUACACUGAGAAAAUCAUAAGAUGAGAUUAUUAUUAUAACGAUCAUCAUAAUAAUUACUAUGAUUUUGAUUAUUCUUACCUCUAUGUACAGCUUGAGGACCAAGUUUCUGGUGACGCUCACGCCUGUACUGUAAUGAUUUCCGAAGACGUCGGCCCGGCACACUCGACAAAAGAAGAACUCAGUUUAAAAUUAAAUACUUUGCUGACGUUGACAGGAUAUGAUAACUAAGCAAUGGAGAGCCAAAUUAAACUUUGCGGUUAACCUCACGUGUCAAACAUCAUUUAGCUUUGGUAGUGGAUGAGUAAGAUCUUACAAAGUUUUGAAAAUAGAAAUUUUGGAGGAUAGGAACAAAAUAUUGCUACCACAGAAAUCGUGCUUUAUGCUACGAUAAAGUGUCAACUACUUCCCCAUUGGACAGUUUCGAGACAGUUUUGAUUCGCUUUACUGAUCUGCUUUUAGUAAAUUGAAUGACUGGUAGUUUUUCCCUCCUCUCUUUUAGUGGGAUUGGAAUAUGACUGUUGUAGCUCAAUAACUGAAAUUUCUUUCAUUGCAAGCAGUUUAUGUUAUUAGAGUAUCCCAACUUGGUUUUAAUAUUUUGUUCUUGGUCCAUUCUAUGUCCAUUCAAAAUUGAUUUGAGAGCUGUUUUCUAAGAGAAGCUGAGGAAGAAACACUUUUUUUUUGUAUUCCUUUCCCCUCUUAAUGAUGAGUCUUCGUGAUCUUUUCUGAUUUUAAUCAAGUCACGUUCUGUUUGCAGUUUAAUUUCCGUUAUGAAUCAACCGUUUCCGUAACUUAAAUGAGUUUGAUAAAAACCAAAGGGAAACAAACCACAGUGCAGUGUCCGUUUGCUUGAUAGAGAUCAUUUUCCGCAGUGUAAUAUACCACUAUUGCGAAAUACUCGUUUUGGGAGUGUCUCUUGUCUUGACAGGAUAAGAAGUGAAAAACUUAAAAGUAGUUACGUUACUAAGUCGAUAAGUGUCUCUUGAGGGAAAUAUCGGGGACCCGGCCAGCAUUUGCCAUAUAUCGCUUCCCAGCUUGAAUUCUUCACAUUCCAAAAAGUUAAAUAACUUCAUUUCUCAGUUUAGCCGUACGCUCUUGUAUGUUCAAUAAUCUUGUCUUUUUUACAAAACUGUUCGGUCAUAAAUUCUUAAACUGACAGAAUACCUUCAGAACAAAUACUUUGGCUCUUCGGAAGACAGAAGGGCCUACGAUUAGAAAGCGGGAUCACUAGCAAUAUAAACAGAGGUAAUAUGACUUGAUUAGGUGAAUUAAUGCACUUAUUACGAUGAAAGAAGCUGAUAUUCCCUGACAUCAUUAAAUUAAAGCUCUAAACUUUUUUUUAAAGUCGAACACCUCCCUCGCUUUUGCAAUGAGCCCUGUACUAUAUUAGUUCCAGCCUUCUUGCCAAGUUGAAGAGAUUUUAGAAGUUUUGGGCAAACGUCAAUUCGUACCACAUGACCAAGGUUUCCCGUUACAUUUACACAUCUACACACCAAUAGCUACAGUUUCAUGUCAGGUCUAUUCAUGAGACUUACUUCGUACAGUUUUGAGCUGUGUGUUUCCUUAUUUGAGAAACUGUCAGCUUUAAAUCUGACGUUCGCAGUUGCAGUAAAGUCUCCGUAUCAAAUGCAAUGGCCGGUUUAGAGUGUCUUAGUUUAGUAUAAUAAUUUCCGAACUCGUUACGGUAAGAAUGAGAUCUAGAGAUUUAUAAUAAAUUAGACAAAACAGGUAAUUAAGGUUAAAAGAAGCAUAGACAGAGUUGGUUUAGGUUGAAUAAUUGACUGCAUCUUUUUAUUUUUAUUUUUAUUAUAAUUAUUUUUACUUUAUAAUUUUUUUCACAUCGCUCAACAGUGGUUAUUAUAAGUCAACAUAACGAACGCAUUUUAGUCAACACUGAGCUGUCUACUUCUGUAUCACUUGAGCAUUGUAAAAUUUUCCUGUUAUUAUUGUUUAAUCUGGCUCUUUUUCUAGAAUGGAACAUCAUGAUCUCUGGUGUCGUAGCCUUUAAAGUAACAGAUCAAAUAACGCACAGAAGUGACUCAUAACCCUAAUCCUAAGGUACUGGAGCUUAACUUUGAUUAGUCAGUAAGCCAGUGAGCAUGGGUUUUCUUAGAGAAAUACAUUGCUUAAAGGCCUCACAAAAAAAAUCAGGUAUCUAAGCUACUACAAACAGUACCACGACGUACUUACUCAUUUUGUUUCAACGAAAUAUAACUUUGAUCAUUAUUCACCGGCUCCAUCCAUUGCAGUUCAUUCAACGUUUACUAGGUGCCUCUGCUCCAUAUUUCUUAUAGAGUGAGGAGCAGUGCAGCUAAAUACUAUGAUUAUUGGCCGAUCUAUGCUUAAAAAAUCUUUUAUGAUGUUGUUUUAGACAUGAAGAAAGGGGAAAUAAUUACUGGCAGAGAAUAAAUCAUCUCAUGAGAGUUUUUUCUAAACAAAAAGCUUCAACUCUACGGUUUAUAAGCAUGUUGUUUAAUUAGUGAUAGGUCCAGAUUGUGGGAAAGUAUUUUCAAACAAAAAAACCUUUUAUUAUAGCAACUUGUGUUUUACUAUUAUUUAAAAAAGACACAAAUUUCAACACAUAUUUUUGAGUGAUUAAACUAUAUAUUCACGGAAGCGUCAGUAAAUUCGUUCUUGAGCGCGUGAUAUGCUAAAAAUAAAAGCUUCUGUCUGUAGUUUUAUUAACACCACAAAUCCUUAAACCAACAUUGGUUUGCCGGAGAUAUCCAUGUUAAUAGCUAGACAAGAAUAGUGACGCUAAGAGAACAACCUACAAUAGCACUGGCUUAAACUAUGGUUAAAAUGUGGUAGGAGGAUGACGUUCGGUGGUUCGUUGUCAACAAAAAUAUUUCCGUCAAAGUCUGUUGAUAAGCUAUCAUGUUUUUUUUUGGUCUGUGUAACUGCCGGUUAGCCUAUACUAGACCGUAGAGCAAUAAUCNGUUUUCUUAGAGAAAUACAUUGCUUAAAGGCCUCACAAAAAAAAUCAGGUAUCUAAGCUACUACAAACAGUACCACGACGUACUUACUCAUUUUGUUUCAACGAAAUAUAACUUUGAUCAUUAUUCACCGGCUCCAUCCAUUGCAGUUCAUUCAACGUUUACUAGGUGCCUCUGCUCCAUAUUUCUUAUAGAGUGAGGAGCAGUGCAGCUAAAUACUAUGAUUAUUGGCCGAUCUAUGCUUAAAAAAUCUUUUAUGAUGUUGUUUUAGACAUGAAGAAAGGGGAAAUAAUUACUGGCAGAGAAUAA